AUGAUUACGUGUUAUGAGCAGCUUCGUGCCCCUAGCUGGGAAGACCUUUCCGCGGGCCUGUUUGAGCGCAUUGCCAGUUUCCUGGAACCCAACGAGGUUGCGUGCUCUGUCCGGAUCAUCAACAAGGACACGGCGCAACUCUUUCGAACCAGCCGCGAAGUCCGCCUGUCGCAGCCCGUGCCACAUCAUGCCUUCCUAUGGCGCUUCGGCAAUCCGGAAGCCUGGCGACCGUUCACUCUUCAGAAGCGAUUGGAGCUGCUUUGCCUCGUGGCUCACAGUGGCAGCCUUGCAAACCUGCAGGUUGCAGUCGCGACUGCGGGCUGUUCUCUCAUGCCGGAGGCUUUUCGCGCCGCCGCCGCCGGCGGCCACGUUAACGUGUGCGAGUGGCUGAUUGCUGAGAACUGCCCCAUGGACUUGGGUGCUGUCAAGGUGGCCUCCAGUGCCGGUCAUUACGGCGUUGUCCGCCUCCUGCUGCCCCAUCAGCAGCUCGUCACAUCCACCGACGUGAGUUGCGACGCCGCCUGGACGGCAGCAGCUGGCGCCGGCCAGAGGGCGCUAUGCGAGCGGCUGCUUGAUGACGGCAUUCCCCCAGGCAAGGAGGCCUUGUUCGCCGCUGCACGCGGGGGCCACGUGGACCUUACGGAGUGGAUGCUGCAGCUGCCGCAGCUGCCGGCGCUAGACGACGGCGACAAGGCACUGCUGCUGCGUCGUGCCGCGUACGGCUUCGACCUGGUUUCACUGCAGCGACUGUUCAGCUGCCAGCAAGUUCAUAACAGCCGCAUGAAUCUGGUCGAGCGCAACGCCGCUGCGGCCGCGGCUUUAGCUGCUCCCACUCGCGACUGGCGCGACAAGGUGCAAUGGCUGGCUGGAGGGGAGAUGAUGUCCCUAGACGGCUUCAGCUUUCCGGACAUGUGCGAAUUUCUCCGACGUCCCGACUGCCAUCACCGUCUGCAGCUGGUGGACUGGGCUUUCUCCAAGCGCUUCUACCACGACACGUUCUACACGGGGUUCGCAGUCCAGGCCGCCAACAUGCCUCUGCUACAAUAUCUGCGUGGGAGGGGCAUGUCGCUUGCUAGCCGAGACCUGGACGUUGCCGCGUCACAAGCUGCGGAGCAUGGCGACGUUGAAUUUCUCAACCAGGUUCUGGCGCUGGGACACACAUUGCAUGUGGAGCUGGUGAAAGCUGCGGCGCGGGGGGGUCAUUUGCACGUGUUGCAGUGGAUGGCGGGGCCUCAGGGGGAGCGGUACGGCGGCCUGCAGGCAUUGCGGCAGGCGCUAGCAUCACCAGAUUUGGCUGAGGUGGCCGCUUCCUCCGGUAGUGUGGAGGUGAUGGCGUGGCUGCGGUGCCGCGGCUGCCCUUGGAACAAAUGGGUGUUUGUCGCGGGAGCCGGAGCUGGGAGUCUGAGGCUUCUGCAGUGGCUGGCGGCCUGGGGCUGUCCCAUGGGGUCACUGGGCGAGCCCUACACAAAGGCCGGCAGCAACGGAGACUUCGCCAGCCUGCGCUGCCUGCGGCGACUAGGUUGCCCAUGGGGGCCCGACGGCUGGACCUUCAGCCAGGCGGUGUACGACGCUCACUGCGUUAGCGACCGGCCCUGCAGCCUGGCAGUUCUCAAGUGGCUGCUGGCGGAGGGCUGCCCCGUGGACUGGCGCGCGGCGAAGGAUCGCGUGGCUGAUCGUUUCAGGGCGCGACGGGACGCGGAAUCUCAGCACAUAUUGGCCUGGAUUGAAAGCCAGGAGGCGGAGAAGGGGGAGGAGGAGGAGAAGGAGGCGGCGGGUAGGAGUGAGGGAGGGCAGCAAUAG